AUGUCUCACGUUUCAGGCACAGGCGGAGAUGAAUCCACCGGCCAUACCCAAAUGUGGCAACCAGGCACUGUGCACCUCGAAGAUAUGCGUGGCCCUGCUGGUGGCCGAAUUAUUUUACAGCCCCAGCCCACUCAAGACCCGAAUGACCCACUCAAUUGGCCCAAGAAGCGCAAAUACCUUAGCUUUGGUUUAGCGUGUUUGUACGUCAUUAUGGUCAAUGAAUCUAUCAACGCUCCAACUCCAACACGGGGCCCUAUGCACGAAGAGCUCCGCUUCAGCUAUGAGAUUCUUAACGACAGUUAUGCUAUUGGCUGCGCGUGUCUAGGAAUCGGCGCUGUGAUCCUCGUGCCACUCUCCCUGAAGCUCGGUAGAAGGCCACUCUAUCUUUUCAGCACAAUUAUCCAGUUUGGUGUGAGCAUUUGGUCUGCCAAGAUGCAGACUGUUGCGGAUUUAAUGCUUAUUAAUACGGUUCAAUGUUUCUUUGGAGCAUUAGAAGAGGUAAUCGUUCAAAUGACGGUCUCUGACAUUUUUUUUGUGCACGAGCGUGGCAUGAUGAAUUCAAUAUAUAUUUGGUCCUUCAAACUGACUACGUCACUUGGACCGCUUAUUGCUGGAUAUAUCACAAAAGGACAGGGGUGGAGAUGGGUCUGGUGGUGGAACACUAUCUUUUUUGGCAUAUGUAUCUUCAUUGUUGGCUUCGGCUACGAGGAGACCAAAUAUGCGCCACCCCCAUCUGUUUCAGCACUAUCCGGGAGUGGAGAACUCUAUGAAAACCCUACUCAUUUCGAUGAUGAUCCGGAUAUCAAAGUCAAAAAUUUGGCCAGAAAAUCAGGAGUAAAGUAUCACACUCAAUUCGAUCAAGAGGUUACUCCACAACCACUCCACACACUUUCUGAGGGAAAUUUGUCACAUUCCAGGGCUACCAUGGACCCAGAGAUCCCAAUGAAGACCUACUGGCAAAGACUGGCAAUUACAACAACAUCAUCUUCACGGAAGGGAAGAAAUUCUUUCUUUCGUCAUUUAUACCAACCCUUUGUCCUUCUCCUAACCAUCUCAGCUAUUGCAUAUACGGCUUUAGUUUAUGGAAUUUUGGUCGGACUUGGAGAUGUUAUGUCAACCACCCUAUCGACCUUCAUGACCCAACCGCCAUAUAAUUUCACUUCAGACAAAAUUGGACUUAUGAAUCUACCAAUCAUUAUUGAUAUCACUAUUGGGACCCUCGUCGGUGGCCCUAUAAGCGACUGGAUUAUUCUCUAUUUCUCUCGUCGCAAUAACGGUAUCUUCGAACCAGAAUACCGUCUGUGGGCUAUGAUCCCGUUUGUGCCAUUCAUUCCCGCCGGUGCAGUUAUGUUUUCUAUCGGUCUAAGCAAUGGACUCUCAUGGCCAGUGAUUGCAGUUGGCUUUGCGUUGUAUUUUGUGGGGAUUGCUCCGAUCAACAGCAUUACGAUCACUUACCUAACAGAUUCAUACAGAGAUGUGAGUAUAUUUAUACCAUUUCAUGGUAAACCUAGUCUAUACUGA